AUGGGAUUAUCUUCUUCCCUAUCAUUAGCUGUGAUUCUAUAUGGCGAUGCCGAGGAAUGUUUAUCCAAGAAGGAGAAUGUGGUCUACCUCUCCAACCACCAGACGACCUUAGACUGGGUGGUGACGGACAUAGUGGCAUCCAGGGCGGGGUGCUUGGGAAGGGUUCGCUACGUUCUCAAAGACGGCCUCAAGUAUCUUCCACUCUACGGAUACGUCUUUGGUUUGCACGGCUGUAUAUUUGUGAACAGGGCUAAGAGUCGAUUAGCUGCACCUCCAAGUUUUACCAAAGUUGUCAAAAAGUUGAAGCAUCACCGUGAUAAUAAAAUUCCAUCAUGGCUAGUGGUUUUCCCGGAAGGCACCAGGUUUAGACCAGAAAAAGACGAAGCCAUCAAAACCAGUCAAGCAUUUGCAUUUAAGCAAGGUCUCCCAGUUUUACACCACGUCCUUUCACCACGGAUCCGAGCCACCCAUCUCUGCGUGGAGGGGUUUCGCGACUACGCAGGUGCUAUCUACGAUGUUACGAUAGCUUACUCCAAUACGGGCGAACAUGGAGAUGGUCCUGUUGUAAGGAAAGAAGCGCCUUCAAUGCCAGAUUUUCUCAUGGGGAAAUGUCCACAGAUCCACAUCCACAUACGUCGCAUCGCCUUGGAAACUGCCCCGUCAGACAUUGUUGAAUUCCACAGAUGGUUACAUGGGGUCUUUGAAACUAAGGAUAGGAUGUUAGCAGACUUUUACUCGGAGGAUCCGGCGAAGAGGGGUCGUCUGGAGGGCGAAGGUCGAAGGUCAAGACUGGGCCUGAUGACUACACUACCGGCCAUCGCCCUUACCGCGGCGUGUAUGGUUCCGUUCGUCAUGAUCAAGGGACAGCGGAGGGCGUACUGGCAGCUCUUGGUCUACGGCAGCAUCUUCACCGUUCUCUGGAUGAAACUAACUGUCUGAGGACGCUUAAGAAAGUCGUUUCCACCCUAAUAAUAGUAUCGCAACAUUUGCUAAUAUGACAAAUGCCCCUCCGCUAAUUUUGUUGCACAUAUGAGGAGAUGGUAAAGAGUUCACUGGUUUUCGGUUUCAGAAUCCUGUGAAGAUUUUUUAGGAUGAGGUACAAGGUUUGAUGCUUGGGUUUAUGUUUGGCUAAAUGUGUGCAUUUUCCGUAAGAGCAAUUGUCUAAGGAGCAAAUGUUAUGGAACCGGGGGAAAUGUUACGCGGGGGCUCGCUGCUGAACGCAGGCCCAAACCACAAAGGUGUGAGCCAGGCUUUAUGAAAAGCUUUUUGAAAUGAUGCGGCAUACAUUUUGGAAGGCCCUUUCAUAAAACCAAUGGUGAGUUUUUAAGUGACUAUUUGUUACAGGCUAUUGAAACCUUGCAUAUGAUUUGCUCGGAGCAAAAUCAUCGAUUACAUUUUUCAUGAAAUGCACCCCACAUUCCAGGGGGGGUGUUUCACAAAGAUUUAAGUGUGACUUAACAAGGAAUCCACGUACAUUCUUUGUGCAUUUUAUUAUAAAUUCCCAUUUAUAGAAGUCAUUACCACAUUGGUCGAAUCAUGCCAAGAGGACGUGUGUGACUGCGUAUUAAUCAAUAAGAUUGCGUGUUGUAUACCAUGUGUGCGUGAGCAUUCAAGCAUGGCGAAGUCACAGUAAAUUAUUUUGUGAAACAACCCCCAUGAGUGCUGUAGUUCAUAAAAUACAAGUACUUAUGAAUUCAAAGUACAGAAAUAUUUGUCAAUUUGUAAUGUUGCCAUUCAUGGAUUUUAGAGACAUUUUUUAUUUUCGGUUCUUUUCAACAAUACUUAACAAUGAAAUAUCAUUUGUGUUGCAAUAUUCUAUAUUUAAGCUUACUUGGUUGUAGGGCCUUGUUGGACAGACGCUCCAUUUAUCUUGGUCCCAACAGCUAUUGGAAAAUCAAUGAUUCCAUUCUUACCAAUGGAACAUGAAAGAUAGCAUCUUAUUAUUAAAAAAAAGAGGAAAUUCGUAAGAUUAUUUAUUGCAAAGGAAUUGAUCCUUGUAUUCAUUGUAUCUCGUGUGAGUUUUGGGCAAUGGCUGUUUUUUAGCGAGAGUCAAUUUGUAAUAUAUUUCCACAAGAUUAAGCUGUUUGAAGAGGGAUCGUGUGACAUAUCGUUAAGUACAAGCACUUGAAGCAAAUAAUGAUUCAAAUCAAUGUAAAAUGGCACCAUAUCAUCGUAGGAUGUAGAUCUUAAUGGGCCAUUCUUGGUCACAUGUGUGACCAAAAUUAUGACAGAUCAUUUUUUAAAUUAGUUGUAAAUUAAAAAAAAAAUGUUGAGAUUGCGUGUCUCCAAUAUGCGGGUUCAAGGUCAGAGGUCAGAAGAAGUGGGUCACGUGUGUGACCUCACACAGGAGCAUGAUUUUGAAAGUUUAAUUUCAUUUUGAAAUUCCUGUGCAUAUCAAAAUGAAAUUAAACUUUCAAAAUCAUCAGUCAUGAUUAGUUAUAAAUCUCUAAAGCUUAGAUUUAUAAUUUAUUAAUGUCAAGAUUUGUCAUAAUUUCUGUCACACACACACACUGGCGUUAAUCCUUGUGUCACACCUAUUGUUCAGGGGAUGGAACAAUAGACCAUUCCCCCCCCCCAGACUUACGCCAGUGCACACACAUGACCAACAAUGGCCCUAAUUCAUUUAAUAUAUAAACAUGACUCUAUCAAAUCAUGCAAUCUGAGCUGUAAAAAAAAAAAAAGAUCACACUGAAGAUCCCCAACACUGAUACAUGUAUGUACUUCUUAGACAGUGUAUCAUUAUUGCUUCAACAAAAGACAAGACACUCAGUUUGAAUGCCAUGCUUAUUUUGUAAAUUUCUCGGCAGUUAUACUUUUUCUACCACAACCAUUUUGGAUAUUAAAAAAAAAAAUCUUUUCACUUGGAUGGUCAUAAUAUUGGUUUCGCUUUGAACUACGUUUCUUUUAGUGACCUUCCAGCAAAAUAUAUAUUUUUUUGUAAUGAAUAUAUGUUCCCCUUUGUAAAAGGGGGAAUCACAUUUAAAUAUACAAAUUCUCCUAUCUGUCUGUACAUUACGGGUAGAAGUGGGAGCUGUAUUUUUGAAAUUCUUCAUAAUUUAUUGAUGGUGUGUAAGAUAUUUGAUUUCAUUCAAUGUUUUAUACCAUUUCCAUUGACCAGUAUCUCUGAAUUCCACAUGUUUUACAUCUUUUUCAUGUGUAUGAACAUUUUGGAGUACAAUCUACUUGUAAAUUUCUAAUACUUGAAAUUAUAGUGCAUAUUGCUAUGCAACAGUUUUUGCCAUUUUGAAUGUGAUCGUGCAUUAUCUAUUUGAAUUAAAAAGAUGCAGUAAUGCCUUUAUUAGAAUUGCCCAGUAGGCAGUGCAUGUAAAUA